AAUUGCACUAAGUAACCUCUUCACUUCUUUAUUGUUUCUCAUCUUCAACACCCAUUUUCAGAUCAGAGAGAGAAAAACAAGAGAAGAGAAUUAUUGCGAGGGAAAAGAAAUAGACUGUAAGAUAAGAUCCAUACUCUCUUUAAGAGUUUUCUGUUGAGAGAAGUUUGGAACAAAGGCUUUCAGGCCAAUCCAUGGGUUCUUUUAAUCCAAUUCAAUUCAAGGUUUGGUCUUUCUCCUUUUAAUUUCUCUCAAACAAUCCGAAUUCCCUUCUGGGUUUUCCUUAGAUCUGUCUUUGCAAUCGCUUUCUUAGUCUCUUUUUUUGUUCAUACUUACUGGGUUUUUAGGGUUUCCGAAAUUGGUACAUAAACUUGAUUCUGAAAUUAGGGCUUUUGCUCUAUUUCUGAAUACAUAGAAAAUUAAAUAGUAUUUGAUAACCGGGAAGAUGCAAUCUAGAAGAAAAGAGGAGCAUGUUGAACUAUCGCGAACUGUUAAGUCGCGUGGUCAACACAGGGCUGCUGCUGAAGCUGGUCCUCAUGGCCCUUAUCCAGUUUCUCGUCGUGAGGUGAUCAAUAAUCGGUCUCCUCCACUGCGUGGAGGGAGGAGCUAUAGUCCUAAUUCCCUUGAUGCGUCUAGGAGGGGGGGCUCAGUUAGGGAUCGGAUGACCGGAUCCAUGAUGGGGAGGGAUUCAUAUGGUCAGCAUUUGGGUAGUGUUACAACUGAAACGGCACGAUCAAAAUCACCCCUACGUGAGCAAAUGCGAAAGAAGCCUCAUUAUGAAGAUGAGGGAGUUGUCCAUAGAAAAUAUGAUUAUGUUGAGCCUGUUGGUUUUGAUGAUCGUACAAACUCCAGAGCAAGGGGUGUUUAUCAUGGUACUUCUAGGAUGACCAAAGAGAAGGACUAUAUGGAUAACAGAGUUUCAACUAUUGAUGGGCACGUAAUGAUGAGCCAGAAAUUGUUGCCAGUGGAAGAAAUCAAUGUAAGAGGGCCUCAUCGGUUGCCUCAGGAUCUAGGUACAAGCCUAAAUUUUUCUGAAACUAGUGGGCAGUUACCAUUUUCCUCGCAAGAUAUUAAUAUAGGUCAAUAUGAGCAUGAAAAAUUUCGGCAUCGAGAAACUAUACCUUCUAAGAAGGCGACAGUUAUGGAUUCUUACAAAGAAGACAAACCCAUGUUUGACUCCCAGGAUGUCACAUAUAGUAUGGUGGAAGCAUCUCAAUCCAAGGACUUCAUGAGCACCAAUCAACUUAAGGAUUUUGGUAGCACAUCUUCUGGUCUCCCUAGGACUGAGUUCCUGUGUUCAUAUCAGGAUGAUGCACCCUUACAUGUUUCUGAAGAAUAUCUUAGGAGCAGCAGGAAGCUCACAGAACCAGUGGGAUAUAAUAAAUAUGAUCAAAGGCCACUUACAGAUUCUGUGAGAGAUCCUGAAUCUGCAAGAAGGAAUAUGACUUUAUAUCAGCAAUGGACAAAUAGUCCGAGCAGAGCUGAAUAUGAGGAUUAUGUAUACAGAAAACCUAGGGUAAUAGGAAGUAAUAAUCAUGGGUAUCCAGUUGAGGACGUAAAAAGGAUGAUGCCAUCUCAAUCUCGAGUUAGCUAUGAACAUGCAUCAGUUGAUUAUGGUCAUAUAGGCAUGCCAAAACCAAAUAUUAUGCACCAUGUUGUAGACAGAAUUGAUAAUACAGAUCAUUCUUAUGGAAGUUCAAGAAAGGCCAUUAUAUGGGAUGAUCAUGCUUUGCAAAAGCAGAUAAGUACUGACUACAUUGAUAUGCGCGGAUCAUAUGCACCAAUGCAUGGUGAGGAAUAUGUGGGUUCGGAAGACGCCCAUGUUGCGUUUGGAAGAAGACUACCACAAGAUUAUGAAAUGUCACAUUUGGAUGCAUCCCACAACCGUCAAUUAUCAAAUUUGAGAUCUGAUUCUGGUUAUGGCAGAGGAGUAGGUCCAGUCUUUCAAAAUGAAAGAAUGAUAAAUUCUUCUGCAUCUAAAUAUGAUGCAGAGCAACGUAGACCUGGUCUAAGAACAAAGAGAAUGGAGGGCGAGCUUGACAUGUACUCAGAUAGGAUCCUUAAAAGGAAGUUCCUUAUGGUGGAAGAUAUUGAUAGGCCAAGUUCUAAAACUAUUGUAUCCAGAAAAUUGCAUUCAGCUGGCGACUUUGGAAGUUCAUAUGACAGUGAGGAUCAGAUUGAUGAAGAUAUAAUUGGUUUACAUGCAUCUAGGACAAAACGGUAUGGCCACAAUGAAUAUAGAAAAGCUGGAAGGACAUAUGAUGGGCAAGAACAUCAAGGAGAUUCAGAAUUGGAUGACUGGUAUAUGUCCGAAGGUUCUUUGGCACAUUCGCAAAGGGUUCCAAUCAGAUUUUACAAAAAUAGUGGUAAAUAUAUUAAGGGAAAUCCUGGACCUGGUUCUCUUAGCUGGCAUACUUCAAAUCACAAUGACAGAAGAAGUAACCUUCAUAACCAAAACAAAGUUUGGAAGAGAAAUGAAGAUUAUGAUGAGGAUAUAAAUGCAAAUGAUGGUGACAUGACUGAAGAUUUAGUGAAUUAUGCAGAGGCUGAGCUGUCCGAGGAUUCAGAAGAAUUUAAGCAAUUGGUACAUGAAGCAUUCUUAAAGUACUCUAGAAAGUUAAAUUUGAACCAGUCCGCUCGUAGAAGAUACAAGGAGCAAGGAAAUGCUGGUAGUUUGUUCUGCAUUGUAUGUGGAAAAAGCUACUCAAAAGAAUUCAUGGACACCCAACGCCUGGUGACGCAUGCUUUCAUGUCUCACAAGGUUGGGUUGAGGGCAGAGCACUUGGGUCUUCACAAAGCAGUAUGUGUGUUGCUGGGAUGGGACAGCAUAGCACCUCCUGACACUAUAACAUGGGUUCCCCAGGUCUUGCCUGAAGCUGAAGCCUUGGCUCAGAAGGAGGAUUUGGUUCUCUGGCCUCCAAUUGUGGUCAUCCACAACAUUUCCAUGGCAAAUAACAACCCUCAAGAACAGAAGGUUGUUCCAAUCGAAGGGGUGCAGGCUUUCCUAAGAGGUAAAGGGUUUGUUGGGGGGAAAAUCACGGUGUGCCUGGGGAGGCCUGCAGACCAAAGUGUUAUGGUGGUGAAAUUCUUAGGCACAUUUACUGGACUGGCGAUGGCAGAGAGACUUCACAAGUAUUUCGUGGAGAAUAAGCGAGGGAGAAAGGAAUUUACAUCAAAAAAUAAGGGGGAUGAGGAAAUGGGAAAACCCGAUGAGGGGGAGGAACAACUGCUGUAUGGAUAUAUGGGAGUAUCAGAGGACUUGGACAAACUUGAUUUUCAUAACAGGAAAUGGAGUGUGGUAAAGAGCAAGAAGGAGAUCCUGGACUUGGCUAAUGAUCCUGUCAAAACUGAUGAAAGGUAGCUUUUCAUAAUAUACAUACAUAUAUCUCUCUGAAGGAAUAUUUUAGUUAAUAUCUCUUCUAAAACAAAGCCAUUUCAUUAAACCUUAUUUUCUGCUAGUUUUGUAUUGUAUCCUAACACUAUUAAUAUCAAAACAUAUAUAUAUAUAUAUAUAUGUAAGAUUGUUGUAUUUU